GUAGUGUCCAAAGUCGUGCGGUAUACUUUGAAAUGAGAAGCGCUGCAUCAUGCUGGAACGCUCCUCACAUUGCGCCUGCGCAAUUCCUUAGGACGUUACAUAUUCGUGGUCGUGUGUUAGCUAAUAACAUGCAUGCAGACUGAUGACCGAUGACACUUCCCGAAUGGACAACGUUUCCUCCGAGCUGCUAACGUGUUUGCUAACACGCUGUGCUUAGAUCGCUAGCCGCCGCCGGCUGCUGACAAAGGGUCAGUGGAGCGCAUUGAGCAGCACGUAGUGACUAGUGAAGCUGUAGUCAUGUGGAGCUACUGUGAGUCCAACUCCUCCAUUUCCCACACCUGGGUGGAUGAAGGACUGUCACCAUGCUUCUACUUCACCCUGGUCCCUUCCGUCCUGCUCAGCAUCUCCUUCCUGCUCGGCACUGUCCACUGCAUCUUCUACCAGAAGUUUGGAACGAUGAUGGAACCAAAGUUCAUCCCUCGCUCCCGUCUCUAUGGUGUCCAACUGAGCAUUUCAGUUUUUCUGGUCCUCCAGUUCAUCGGUGGGAUGCUGUGGCAAAUUGCCAGCAGGGAUGAGCUCCCUGGAUACGAGGUUCUGUACGGCUGCUUCUCAGUGCUUGGCUGGGCCUGGGCUGUCUCUGUGCUCCGGAUAGAGAGGCGGAGGGCCUUGGUGAUGGACAGAACAAGGGGACACAGUGCUGUGCUGCUGUUGUUUUGGGCAGUGGCGUUUUCUGCAGAGAACCUGGCAUUUAUCUCCUGGUACAGUCCACACUGGUGGUGGAGCUUGGACAACACUCAACAACAGGUGCAGUUUGCUCUGUGGCUUAUCCGUUUUAUUGGAACUGGACUGCUCUUCUUCAUCGGUCUGAAAGCUCCAGGCUUGCCACGAAGGCCAUAUAUGCUCUUGAUCAACGAGGAUGAGCGCGAUGUGGAGCAAAGUGGACAGAGUCUACUAGGCACGACGGAUGAGAACGUGUCUACAUGGCAGGGAUUCAGGAAGAAGGUCCGCCUUCUGGUGCCGUACCUGUGGCCCCGGGGAAACAUCCUACUGCAGAUUCUUGUCCUUUUCUGUCUCGGGCUGCUGGCGGUCGAAAGGGUCAUCAAUGUCUUUGUGCCAAUCUAUUACAAAAAUAUUGUGAAUGAGCUGACUGACCACAGCAGCUGGCGCUCUCUGGCCACUACAGUGUGUAUUUAUGUGCUGCUCAAGUUCAUGCAGGGCGGCGGGGCAGGUGCCUCAGGCUUCGUCAGUAACAUGCGCUCCUUCCUGUGGAUCCGGGUGCAGCAGUUCACCAACCGUGUCGUCCAAGUGCGUCUGUUUGCCCACCUGCACGCUCUGUCCCUGCGCUGGCAUCUGGGUCGGAAGACUGGUGACGUGCUGAGAAGCAUCGACCGUGGAACCUCUUCCAUCAACAGCCUGCUGAGUUACAUCGUGUUCAGCAUCUUCCCAACGAUUGCAGACAUCGUCAUCUCCAUCAUCUACUUCGUCACAUACUUUAAUGCCUGGUUUGGGCUCAUCGUCUUCGUCUGCAUGACACUCUACCUCACUCUGACCAUCAUCAUCACUGAAUGGAGAACCAAAUACAGACGAGACAUGAACCAGCAGGACAACAAUGCCAAGACCAAGGCUGUGGACUCUCUACUUAACUUUGAGACGGUAAAAUACUACAACGCCGAGAACUACGAGGUCAGCAGAUUUGAGGACGCAAUCCUAAAAUAUCAGGUGUCAGAAUGGAAGACCCAGGCAUCUUUGGCUCUCCUCAACCAGACCCAGAACUUGAUCAUCGGCUCUGGUCUGCUGGCUGGAUCUCUGCUUUGUGCUUACUUUGUGACUGAAGGGAAGUUCCAGGUGGGAGACUUUGUUCUCUUUGGUACUUAUAUCAUCCAGCUCUACACUCCACUCAACUGGUUCGGAACCUACUACAGAAUGAUCCAGAACUCCUUCAUUGACAUGGAGAGCAUGUUCAAGCUGUUUGAGGAAGAGGAGGAGGUGAAAGAUGAAGUGAAUGCCGGGAAUUUUCUCUUUAAACUGGGCAAAGUGGAGUUUGAAAAUGUCUACUUCAGCUACAUUAAUGGCAAAGAGAUACUCCGGGAUGUUUCCUUCACCGUGCUGCCGGGUCAGACCGUUGCCUUGGUGGGACCGUCGGGGUCUGGAAAAAGCACCAUUUGCCGACUACUGUUCCGAUUCUAUGACGUUCAAGGAGGCUGCAUUCGCAUCGAUGGCCAGGAUAUUUCCAAAGUGAAGCAGAAAUCUCUGCGGGCUCACAUCGGCGUGGUUCCCCAGGAUACAGUCCUCUUCAAUGACACCAUCCGCCAAAACAUCCGCUAUGGCCGCAUCUCCGCCACCGACCAGGAGGUGGAAGAGGCGGCCAUCGCUGGUGACAUACACAACAAAAUAAUGUCUUUCCCUGAAGGUUAUGACACACAGGUGGGUGAAAGGGGUCUGAAGCUGAGUGGUGGAGAGAAACAAAGGGUCGCCAUUGCCAGAACGAUUCUCAAGGCACCGCAGAUCAUCCUGCUUGAUGAGGCCACAUCUGCACUCGACACACAGACAGAGCGCAACAUUCAGGCCUCCCUAACAAAGGUCUGCGCCAACCGCACCACAAUUGUUGUGGCUCACAGGUUGUCAACAAUAAUUGGAGCUGACCAGAUUCUAGUGAUCAGUGAGGGUCGAAUUGCAGAGCGAGGACGACACGAGGAAUUGCUCCAAAAAGGAGGCUUGUAUGCGGACAUGUGGAACAAACAACAGCAGGCUCAUGAUUCUGACUCUUCAUCAGACACUGAAACUAAAGACAGAAAGUCCGAAAAACUGCAGCCACCGUCCACAUCCUCUGUUCACCACGGUCAUCAGUGAAUGUGUUUUUUUUUUUUUUUUUUGUACGGCAAGAGGAUGCUUUUAUUAUUAGGCAAAUAGCUGCUUUAAAUGGCUGAGAAUAUUGUGUACAGAAAACUUAAACAAUCUGUCUAAGUGUGUUAUGUGCCUUGUUUAUUAGGGGAAAACAGUAAAAGGGAAUUUGUUUUUUGUUUUGUUUUUUUUUAUUUAUUGUGUGUAAAUCAGUUUGCCCCGUGUUUUAAUGCAGUAGUAUUAUCAUUUUAAAAAAUACGUAAAUGACUGCUGAGUUCAUUUAUCAAAAUUGAAAUGGACAUGAUAAAUGUCAGCCUUUCAAUCAAUCAAUAAUUUUUUUCUGAUUCUAAUCGUGACUUCUAUGUUAUAUAGACAGUUCAGAUAGGAAUAAUGGAUUUUAAACAACUACAUGUGAAUAUAACACUACUGUGAGAGUACGUAAAAUAUGUGCAUCAUUUAAUAACAUAGUUAUGAUAUGAAAUGAUGAGUACAAACGCUAAAAGGUAUUGACUCCUUUGAACUUCAGUUUAAUUAAGCCAUACUGGAAAAUUUAGUUCACACUAAAAACAUCAUAAGCCAUACAGGAGUUUGUGAAUGAGUUAUUUAUCUCGCCAAAACAGCUUGAUUUUGUUCUCUGCUCAGGUGAAAUGUAUUGUUUCUACAUGUGUGUUUUGGUUUUUCAAUGAUGUGCAGUGUGCUGUGGGACUUUUUUUACUUAGAUUUUUGUUUUCUAAAGUGGAUAACAAGUAAAUAAACAGCACCAACUACAUUGUCGUUUCUCCAUAAACUUUAAGAUGAGAGUUCAAAUAGUCAUUCAGACUCCAUUUGUCAUAUCAAUGCAUAUCUGUUUCUACCACUUCCUGAUGCAUUUUUUUCCUUCAGUUCUUAUUCUGUGAGUAAGCAAUUCCAUCUGGUAAAUUCCAGAAGUGAUUUUCAUCUGUUCUCCUACUAUUGGUGUUUCCACCUUGGUGGCCCGGCUUCUCGGAAGCCACCGACAACAUUUUCAUGAGGUCUGUGUCUUCCUUCAAUAUGGUAUCAGAUGAGAGAUUAGAAAG